CCACUACAAAGCUGGCCAUGCCUAAUGCAGUCGCUUCAGACGAACGUAUCGUCAACGCCUGCAGCACAUUGUUUGUAGCGUACAAUUAUUCUUCCGACUCAACCCUAGCGCUAGACAGCAACUUGCCUGAUGCUAUUCUAAGUAGGAUCGCAAGCUGGGGGCUUGGAUAUGAGAACGAGGAGAAGCAUGUCUUUAUGACUCAGUUUUCGGCUGCGGUGCCAGAUCUGAUGUUCCGUUCUCACCCAUUCGAGGUCAAGGUCCAUAUCGGGACGUGGAUAUGGCUCAGCUACACGAUCGAAUUCGACACGGCAUCCAUAGGUCAAGCCGCCAUCUCCCAAUUUCAGCGACUAUUCGUGGCUCAGAAGCCCCAGCAGCACCCUCUUCUGGACCGAUAUGCGGCGAUAUUGGCAAAUACAUACGACUUCUCAUGGGACCAGCUCGCUAGUGAUUGCAUCAUCACAUCCUCCAUGCAGUUGAUAUGGACAUGCGUUCUUGAGCCCAAGCCUAUCUACAGAGCCAUGCCAUCCCUCUCUGGAGGCCAUCUGUGGCCUGCAACUAUUCGGUCGCGCAAUGGUCUUGGAGAGGCGUUGAGCUUUAUGACCUUCCUUCCACCAAAGGAAAUCGCACAUAAUGAAAAAGAUUUUGUCACGUAUCUCCAGGCUAUUCCACAGAUUCAGAUCUUCCUGAAUUUCACAAACGAUAUCCUACGAUUCAAAUCGGAAGAGGUCACGAAGGAGCAUCAGAACUAUGUUCGCGAGCGCUCGGCUCAUCAUCCGGACCAAAACCUUGCGGACACAUUGGACGAGAUGGUCCUUGAAGCAGCAGCCGCAGUUCAAGCUGUCGAUGAUUUGUUGAAAGGUGCUGGGUGGAUUGAGGAUAGGUGGAAGGAUUUGAGGCAGGGAUUCGUGGCGAUGCAUCGAUGGAACAAGGCACCCUACAUGCGGGACGCUAUGGGCUUAUCGGAGGAGAUUGCAUACAAACAAGUCAUGGACAGACGGAAUAGAAGAUCGCGCUUUGUCUUCGAAUUUAUCUGUGUGGUAUCCACCACGCUACGCACCGGAGCUCGAGCCGGAGGCACAGAUGAAAUCGAUCCGGCACUAGAUGUAUGCAGUAUCACAUACCUCGAUCACAUCGUAUACGUCAAGCUGGUUGAUUAG